GGCCAAACACGUGUUUCACUGGGACAAUAGUGAGUGGUGCACACUUCCUUCGCCCGGCCACAGAACACCAAAAAGAGUUGCUGGUGUAACAAUAGGAAGAAUAUAUUCCACUCCUCUCUUGUACACGCGGCUUAUGAGAUGAAUGCUGGUCAAGAAGAACGUCCCCUUCAGCAGCAGGAGGAUCCACAGCCCCCCCACAUUAAAGAGGAAGAGGAGGAUCUCUGGGUUACUCAGGAGGGAGAGUGUCCUGUAGGGCAGGAGGAGGCGGAUCUCAGCAAGUUUCCACUGACUGUUGUCUCUGUGAAGACUGAAGAGCAUGAAGACAAACCACCUGAGUCCUCACAGCUUCAUCACAGUCCAAACGUCUGUGAAGAACAUCUUCACCCUGAGCAACAGAAGUGGAGCUUCAGGAUGCAAACAGAGGUGCCACAGCCCUCCCACAUUAAGAAGAAAGAGGAAUACCCACUAAUCCCCCAUUUUAAAGACCCACUGACACGCCAUUUUAAAGAGGAAGUGGUGGAUCCACUGAGCCCUCACAUUAAAGAGGAAGAGGAGGAACACAGCAUCAGUCAGCAGGGAGAGCAUCUUGAAGGACUGGAGGAGUUUACAGUGAUUAGUGUGAUUGUGAAGAGUGAAGGUGAUGAGGUCAAAGGUGAGAGUGAGGAGAGGGGAGGGGGGGAGCCUCCAAGCAGCAGCUCAACUCAACACAUGACAACAGAAGCUGAUGGAGACCACUGUGGAGGAUCACAAGCAGACAAGCUCUUAGCUCCACUAUCAGAUAGUGAGGACACAACGUCACACUCUCCUGACACUGAUGAUGAAGACUCUAAAGAUGAUAAGACAUGUCACACUGACAACACACACAUCACAUGUUCUCUCUGUGACAAAACUUUUAAACACCAUUGUCGUCUGGUAAGACACAUGAGAACACAUACUGGAGAAAAACCUUUUUUAUGUUCAAUCUGCGGUAAAAAUUUUACUCAAAAGCACAAUUUCAAAACACACAUGAAAACACACACUGGCGAAAAACUUUUUUCAUGUUCAGUCUGCAGUAAAGAUUUUACUCGAAGGUACCAUUUGAAAAUACACAUGAGAAUGCACACCGGCGAAAAACCUUUUUCAUGUUCAAUCUGCGGUAAAGAUUUUACUCAAAAGCACAAUUUCCAAACACACAUGAGAACACACACUGGAGAAAAAAAAUGUUCAUGUUCAAUCUGCGGUAAAGAUUUUACCCGAAGGGACCAUUUAGAUACACACAUGAGAAUACACACUGGAGAAAAACCUUUUUCCUGCUCAGAAUGUGGUAAAAAAUUUGUAAUAAAUCAAAGUUUAAAAGUACACAUGAGAAUGCACACUGGCGAAAAACCUUUUUCAUGUUCAAUCUGCGGUAAAAAUUUUACUCAAAAGCACAAUUUCAAACGACACAUGAGAACACACACUGAAGAAAAAAAAUGUUAAUCCGCGGUAAAGAUAUUACUCGAAGGGACCAUUUCAAAACACACGAGAAUACACACCUCAAACCUUUUUCCUGCUCAGAUUGUGGUAAAAGUUUUGUAACAAAUCAAAAUUUAAAAGUACCCAGAACACACACUGGAGAAAAACAUUUUCAAUGUUCAGUAUGUGGUAAAAGUUAUAUAAAGUAUGGUGAAAAACCAUACUUCUGUUCAAGCUGCAACAAAAGCUUUCGUCGCAGUCAAUCUUGUAAAGUACACAUGAGAACACACACAGGUGAGAAAGUGUUGAGUUGCAGUGUGUGUGGUGAAAGAUCCUCUUCUAAGUCCCAGUGUAAGAAACACAAGUGUGCUGGUGAGAACAGCAGCAGCAAAUGAAGAUGCAGGAUUUGAAAUAAACUGUCAAAACUUUUAAUUUUGACUUUCUAACAACAUCAGCACAUAUAACAUGUGUGACAUCAGUGUUAAUUUUGACAGCAAAAUUUGAUUUAGUUUUAGUCAUAGUCUUUUGACUAAAAUGUAAUUUACUUUUAGUCAUAAUUUAGUUAUUUAAAUUGUUUUAGUUGACGAAAUAUAAGAUUAUAGUCGACGAAAACUAAAGUAGAUUUAGUCGACUAAAGGGUAAUAUGUAAACUUUCCCUUCAAUUUCUGAAAGUCAUUACAUUCACCUAGACUAAAUGAAACCUCUAUGAAUGUGUUAAGGAAUGUUAUGAAUGUGUUAGGGAAUUUAAAAGUACUGCAAUUUAUACACAGACACGGAUUAACUUAUUUGCAACUUUUGACAAGAACAAGAAAGUUUGAUCACAUUGCGCCUGUACUGUAUAUACCUUUAUAUACAUAUAUACAUACAUAUAUACCUAUACUGUAUAUACCUUUAUAUACAUAUAUACAUACAUAUAUACCUAUACUGUAUAUACCUUUAUAUACAUAUAUACAUACAUAUAUACCUAUACUGUAUAUACCUUUAUAUACAUAUAUACAUACAUAUAUACCUCUACUGUAUAUACCUUUAUAUACAUAUAUACAUACAUAUAUACCUAUACUGUAUAUACCUUUAUAUACAUAUAUACAUACAUAUAUACCUAUACUGUAUAUACCUUUAUAUACAUAUAUACAUACAUAUAUACCUAUACUGGCUCACCUGCACUGGCUUCCUGUGCACUUAAGAUGUGACUUUAAGGUUUUACUACUUACGUCUAAAAUACUACACGGUCUAGCUCCAUCCUAUCUUGCCGAUUGUAUUGUACCAUAUGUCCCGGCAAGAAAUCUGCGUUCAAAGGACUCCGGCUUAUUAGUGAUUCCCAAAGCCCAAAAAAAGUCUGCGGGCUAUAGAGCGUUUUCAUUUCAGGCUCCAGUACUCUGGAAUGCCCUCCCGGUAACAGUUCGAGAUGCCACCUCAGUAGAAGCAUUUAAGUCUCACCUUAAAACUCAUUUGUAUACUCUAGCCUUUAAAUAGACUCCCUUUUUAGACCAGUUGAUCUGCCGUUUCUUUUCUUUUUCUCCUAUGUCCCACUCUCCCUUGUGGAGGGGGUCCGGUCCGAUCCGGUGGCCAUGUACUGCUUGCCUGUGUAUCGGCUGGGGACAUCCCUGCGCUGCUGAUCCGCCUCCGCUUGGGAUGGUUUCCUGCUGGCUCCGCUGUGGACGGGACUCUCACUGCUGCGUUGGAUCCGCUUUGGACUGGACUUUCGCGGCCGUGUUAGAUCCACUAUGGAUUGAACUUUCACAGUAUCAUGUUAGACCCGCUCGACAUCCAUUGCUUUCGGUCCCCUAGAGGUGGGGGGAGGGGGGGGGGGUUGCCCACAUAUGUGGUCCUCUCUAAGGUUCUCAUAGUCAUCAUUGUCACCGACGUCCCGCUGGGUGUGAGUUUUCCUUGCCCUUAUGUGGGCCUACCGAGGAUGUCGUAGUGGUUUGUGCAGCCCUUUGAGACACUAGUGAUUUAGGGCUAUAUAAAUAAUCAUUGAUUGAUAGUUCAUAUUUACUGGUUCACAUCUGAAACAUCUUCUGGACCACUUCUGGAAGCAUAUUAUUGUUUACUUUAUACAUCAUUUGAACAGUUGUCUUUUAUACAAUUUUAAAAUGUGUGACUUUAUGGAUAAUUUGUUGGGUCUCUAUAAUCUAUUCUAUGAAUUAUCUUUAUUACUCUCUUGUGUAAUAUGAAUAUUGUUGUGUGAUUGUUUUAUAUGUAUGUCCCCAGACCUUUAGGUAAUAAAAAAAGUAUGCUUCAACUAAAGUUGGGUACAAUAAAUGGAGUUAAUAUUU